AUGUGUUUCCUGUGUAGAGUAAGUAAUGCACAAUGAUUUAGCAUAGUUUGUGGACAAUUAAUGCAAUGUUCACAAAACUCCUCAAAUGGUCCGUCCUUGAUGACACUUCAGUUACCCAGUGUUAUGGCAGGGUAAAGUGACACAAUGCCUGAUGCUAUGGGGUCUGCAUAGUCUUGAAAACCGACCCUAGGCAACACAGUGACUAUGGUCUGGUUUCAAUGAUGGACUCUUUUGACAUAGAGGAACUAUCUCACUGCGGGUUUAGAGACUAGUGUCUACAUAUCAGGGAAAUGGCUCCAUCUACAGGGACUCUACUGGGCUUCCAAAUACCCCCUGUGACAUCAUCCUCUCAGGCUCUUAUACACAGUCUUAGAGUAGGAGUGCUGAUCUAGGAUCAGGUCCCCCUGUCCAUGUGAGCUUGUCCAUUAUGAUCUAAAGCUUACAACUGAUCCUUGAUCAGCACCCCUACUGAGAUGCUUUAUGAAUAUGGGCCCAGCUAGGGCCCUUGUACCAGUCCAGAGACUGACUCUGUAACUCCAUAACAGAUACAUUAAUAGGCUUACAUUACUAUUUAACUAAAUGUUAUUUAUAUAGCACAUUUUGUUUUAACAAAAAAUGCAGUUCAAAGUGCUUAAAAACAAUAUGUUUUCAAAAUGGAGUGCUUUGCUGUUUAGGGAAUAUAAUCAUGUAAUGUUUAGCAUACAUAUACAGGUAAUAUGUCAUUUGUAGUUUACGUUAAACAAUAUUCCUUUAAUAUAAGUUAUAAGGGUACAAUAUGACACAAUAUACGGUUCACAAUAACAUUUUGGUUAUCCAGCAAGAGAGUUCUCUCUUGGUUUAUUAACAUUCUUGAAAGGCUGUCUCCCCUACGGAACCCAGACAUCCAUUUCUUCUACAACCACUUGGUUCUGUUCUAGGUCCUCAAACUGAGUCAGGAGUUCCUUCUGGACGAUGGAGAUGGUUUUGUAGCUGAACAACGACGGAGGAUCGACAUCCACUGGUUGUAGUUUGAUCUUCAGGAUGUCUUUAACGGGGGAGUUCUUCUUCUGAUGCUCGGUAGUGUUAUUGAAUUUGGUCAUCAGGUGCUGUAGUGACCGUUAGCUGUCAUGGUCAAUGAGGAAAGCAAAGGUCCUGUUGCAUGAUCCUUGGCAGGACCUCAGUUUGAUGUCAAUGUCCACCUAGGGUACAGAGAAACACAGCGUAAACAGAGGCACCCGCACCCUAUUCCCUACAUAGUACACUAGUUUUGGCCACCUAUGCACGACAUUUUGGACGUAGCCAGACAUUAAUGUCUGAAACACAGAGAAACAGACAAUGCAUCGAAAAUGGCACCCUAUUCACUAAAUAGUGCACUGCUUUUGACCAGGGUCCAAAAAAACCAGUAGGUUGCUAAACUGAUUGAGAGCACUGGAUAAAGAGUGACUAACCCAGGGUAUGUGUCUGAAAUGCUGAUCUGGCCACAGCCUACUGUAUUUGUAAUAGUUUCUGUAAUUGACAGUUGAUAGACGGAUCGCAUGAUAGCGCACUCGUAAUUUGAAUAAUGUAUGUUAUAAAAUGCUUAAAUAGAGAUUGACAAUACCUAGGCUAAUCAUCUCCCUGCAUGUUCAUAUAAACCAAGGAAGAAGCAGAUCAGCAGCAGUGUGAGUGUGUGUUCUCAAAACAUGCGGAGGGCAGAUCAUUUUUUCCUACCCUCUCUCCGAUUGUUAAGUAUUAUGCACAUUGAUAGCUUGCUAUCAAACAGACAGUACAGAUGUGGGAUCUUAAUUUGAUCACGUUUAUGUUGCUAAAGUUUGUCAUUUCCACUUUAAAAUGUCAGACUUGAUUUGCCCUGACGAAAAAUGUAUCAACCCCGACAAAAAAUGUCCAUGAAUUUGAAUCCACAUGCUGCAGGAUUAUUUUCCUGCUGUAGCAAACUGGCUCACAUUAAGAUCCUACAUCUGUAUCUAAAUCAGGGUUGUUCAAUGUCGGUCCUGGAGGGCCGAAACACUUCUGUUUUUCAUCCUCUCCUUUGAAUCAGGGACUAAUUCAGACCUGAGACACAAGGUGAGUGCAAUUAACAGCUCUGAUCUAAAUGGUUGGACUGUCGGAGCAAAACACGGGAGGAGAAGAGACCGGUGAAAAUCAAGCAAACAGAGUGUACAUAGCCAUUGGUUCACCCAAGUGAGCGUCGUCCCAAACGAGGGUCAUGUUUUCACUGUGCCGUAAGCAAGCGUGACUAGGUCUCCAGGCUAAAUUAAACGUACCGAGUUUCUUUACUCCCUACCCAUUUCAGAUAUAAAAAAAGACGGAAUAAAGAAGAUGGUGGGGUGAAGAACACAGGGUUGUUGUUUCAUAUUAGAAGAAUGACAGAAACACAGACACAGAGUAGACAGUGGGCUGUGUCUGAAAUGGCUCUCUAUUACCUGUAUAGUGCACUUUUGUUGUAGUGCGCCCUUAUGGGCUCUGGUCAAAAGUAAUGCACCAUCUAGGGAAUAUGGUGGAAUUUUGGACACGGACAGACAUCAAUGUCCACCUGAAUUACAGAGAAACAGUUAGGAGAGUAAACAGAUAGUAUUUGACCAAAGCUUACAGUUUAACUCUGAAGUAAACACUAAAGGGCCUUGACUGGUGGGAUGUGGUUGGAGAAGAUCAUGUUUGUCACUUCAGUCAAAGUUUAGUGUUGCAAAGUUUUACUCCCCAGCGUGUUCUGAAACUCAGGACUAUCUAUUACAAUAAAUACAAGGGCUGUGUUCCAAUAGGUUAGAUAUCCACUAUCCUCCUCACCUCACUCCUUUCUUCGUCUCCUUUCCUCGUCUGCUUUCCUCAUCACCUUUCCUACUAUCAGCUCAUUUCCUCAUCUCAUUUCAUAUCAUUUCCUCAUCUCAUCUCCUUUCCUCAUCUCAUAUCCUUUCCUCAUUUCAUAUCCUUUCCUCAUUUCAUCUCCUUUCCUCAUUUCAUCUCCUUUCCUCAUCUCCUUUCCGCGUCUCAGCUCAUUUCCUUAUCUCCUUUCCUUCAUGACCACUGAAAGGAAUGACAUGAUGAAAACCUAUGCCUUGAUCUGAACUUUCCCAGACACAGAUUGAGCCUUGUCCUGGACACAAAAGGAUGCUCAAUGGAGAAUCUCUAUUGAAAGUGCUUAGUCCAGGAUUAUGCUUAAUCUGUGUCCAGGAAACAAACUGUCCCGCAACCAAAUCUUGCUUAGGUCCCCAAAAAAGCUAGGACCGGCCCUGAUGAUUGGUCUGACUUAGACCUCUGGCAACCUUAAAAAACAAACAAACAAAAAAGUGUUUUGUCCGUACAGCAGCAAAGAGCGCUCAAACAGAUAGCUGCUACACAAACAGGACACCAACCCAAUCGACAACACACAUUUGAGAAGAUGUUGAGAGUUCUGGGACAUCUGUUGUGUAAGAUGAUUGUUUUGUUACUACAUGUACUUAAUAACUUAAGAAACAAAUCAAAUGUGUAAAGACCUGUUUUGUUUCUAGGUCUCUUUAUAUGCUGUUGGGGAGCUGGUGGCUUGACAGAGACACUGGUGGAACUUGGACAGAAUGCAACCAUAAACUGUUCUCUUAACAUAGAAAGUGCAUACUGGUACAUACAGCACCAACCACAGCCUCCACUGGCCAUACUCCGCUCUUUCACUAGUAGUCGUCCUGCUGCUUUUUAUUACAAUAAUCAUUUUAAACAGAAAUAUUCUUUACUAACAGAAUAUAGAUUGUUCAUACAGAAUGUAACAGUAGAUGAUUGUGGAGUGUUCUACUGUGCAAAGAAAGAAGAGGGCAGAUUGAUAUUCAGCAACGGCACCAGACUCAUGAUCACUGGUGAGUGCACGUUUUAUUCAAUGAUAAAUACCUUUCAAUGUAACAUCAAUCUUUAUUGAAAUACAUCAUAUUUUGAGUAUGUACACUCUCAAAUGUAUCCAGUCCCAACAUUGCAUGUGUGAUGCACUGUACACCGACUUCAUGUACUUUAAUUGUAAAGUGGCAUUGUGUGGAUAUCACUACAUUUACAUUUAAUAUAGUGAUAUAGUGAUUUUUCCAUGUGCAUUAUUGCACAGAGGUUUAUGCUGACUAUCCCAAUCAGACAAACCAGACAUCCAGUUAUCCAAACCAGACAUCCAGUUAUCCAAACCAGACAUCCAGCUAUCCAAACCAGACAUCCAGCUAUCCAAACCAGACAUCCAGCUAUCCAAACCAGACAUCCAGCUAUCCAAACCAGACAUCCAGCUAUCCAAACAAGACAUCCAACUGCAGGUCAUCAUGGGAGAACUGUCUUCUAUCUAUUUACAGUGUUCUGAAUGCUAUUCUGAUGGUUAUGAUCCUGGGUGAGUAAAUGGAAAUACCAGAUUUGAAAUAGUUUAACAUUUUAUUGUCGUUUACGGAGAAUUGACAUAUUGCUUAUGUUGAUCAACAUGAUAUUGACUUUUCCUAUUUUGUUGGUUUAUAUUUCAGUACUAAUCUUGACCUUGCCAUGUCAGAACAAAAACUCUCCUUCAAAACUAACACCAAGACGCCGAGUAGACCAGAG